UUAUAAGUGUUAUAGGUUGACGUUCAUAGUUUCAUAACUUUCACUAAUGUUCGGUGCUUUAAUGUGUCAAAACAUUAGAUAGCUGUGAUUUUAUGUUUAGUUGAAUUAUUAUUUUUAUAAACCGGUAUUUUGUUGUGAAAUAAUGGGUAGGAAGGAAGGACUGGAAUCUGUCUUGGGAGAGUUGGACAUUUUGAGUUUCAGGAUGUUGCAGCUUAUGAAAGAUUAUAUAGACGUCAAGCUGACCCUCGAAGAGCUGAUCAAGACUGGUAGCCUCCACCUGGCCAAAUCGCGGUAUAUAAUGGGCAACCGGAGUGUGUCCGUGUUGCAGCUUCCGACGGAGGAGUGUCAGCUUAAUGCUCUGGUCAGGGUAGUCGAGAAGGACCAGGACGUCGACGGGCUCUCUCUUGAGCUCAACAAGCUCGACCUCAAGGGUAAAGACGAGAAGGGUACGAAGCAGCGGAAGAAAGCGGACGAGACGUCAGACGACGAGACUGAGUUGGACGUCAAAGUGCAAGACCCGAUCAAAUGGUUCGGAGUGCUCACCCCGCAGAACCUGAGACAGGCGCAGUCUUCCUUCGCGAAGGCGCUCGAAUACUCAGUUCAGUGCGCUAAUCUACAGCUUGAAAUGAAGCAAGUUCAAAUGAAAUAUAAAGAAUUGAUCGAAGAGAAAAAUAAACUGAUGAAAGUUGAACAAACCUAAAUUGAACAUUUAGUGUGAUUUAUAUAUGUAUAUAUUUUAGAUAAUAAAUUAAUAUUUAUAUUUUAUAGUUUCA